AUGUAUCGGCCUGGGGCCGCAACCACUACCCGAGGUGAAUUACCGACAGAUAAUGGAGAUUCCAUUGUGACACUUAAUCAAGUUCCACGUUGGAGUGAUGCAGAGUAUAGAUACUUGUACGAGAAAGAAGAUCCUGCAUUCCCAAAUUCACAUUUUCCAGACCCAUUGGCAUCUGUUUCUGAGGGAGGGAGUAGUGGGAAUGGGAUGGUAUCUAGAUUUCCCGUGGAUCACGAAAUUAACUCAAAGAUAUAUCUUUGGAGGGGAAAUCCGUGGAAUCUUGAGGUGGAUGCUGUAGUUAAUUCGACAAAUGAGAACUUAGAUGAAGCGCACAGCAGUCCUGGUUUGCAUGCUGCAGCUGGACCUGGUCUGGCAGAAGAAUGUGCUACAUUUGGUGGUUGCCGAACAGGGAUGGCAAAAGUUACUAAAGCGUAUGACCUUCCUGCAAGGAGGGUUAUACACACUGUUGGUCCUAAGUAUGCGGUAAAAUAUCAUACUGCUGCAGAGAAUGCUCUGAGCCACUGCUAUCGGUCUUGCCUUGAACUUCUCAUUGAAAAUGGUCUGCAGAGCAUUGCAAUGGGCUGUAUAUACACAGAAGCCAAAAAUUAUCCUCGAGAACCCGCUGCUCAUGUGGCAAUAAGAACUGUGAGACGUUUACUCGAGAAACUAAUAGAUAAAAUCCAAGCAGUUGUUUUUUGUAUCGAAACUGCAUCUGAUACAGAGAUAUAUAAAAGAUUGCUUCCACUUUACUUUCCUCGGGAUAAACUUGAGGAGGAGGUGGCUAUUUCAAAACUACCUGCAGAUGUCGGAGAUGAAAAUGGUGAGACAGUUAUAGAUGAACGGAAAAUCAGAAUAAAGCCAUUGCCCAAUGUAAGGAAGACUGGCCUGCAGUUUUCUCAAGCCUCUGCUGAUCGUCCAGCCAGUGAUAUUAUUCCUGUCAAUGAUGUUGGGUUGACGAGACGGAACUCAUCAUACUUGGAUUCAUAUCUGGAUCCUGCAUUUAUGUCCCUGAUCAAAGAUCCAGAUCAGCGACGCAAAGAACAAUGGGAAAAGGCUGCACAAGCACGAAGUGGUUUGAAUUUUGUUAAAAUGCUUGGAUAUGGUGACUUUGGUGGCCAUCCUUUAUCUGCUGCUGAAGAAUAUUCGCUUCAUUCUAGAUAUCUUGCUAAAGCGAAUUCACUUAAUCUUUCUGAAAUUACUGAAAUGAAAAUUGUCUACCGAGGUGGGGUUGACAGUGAAGGUCGUCCAGUGAUGGUUGUUGUAGGAGCACAUGUUCUGCUAAGAUGUCUUGAUCUAGAGCGAUUUGUGCUGUAUGUAGUAAAGGAGUUUGAGCCCUUGAUACAGAAGCCUUAUUCUAUUGUCUAUUUCCACUCCGCAGCAUCAUUACAGUUGCAACCAGAUCUUGGAUGGAUGAAGAGAUUACAGCAAAUACUUGGCCGAAAACACCAGCGUAAUUUGCAUGCAAUGUAUGUUCUACAUCCAACCUUUGGGCUGAAAUCUGCAAUUCUUGCAUUGCAAAUGUUCGUGGAUAAUGUGGUGUGGAAGAAGGUGGUAUACGUCGAUCGUCUUCUGCAACUAUUCAAAUAUGUUCCCCGUGAGCAAUUAACUAUUCCAGAUUUUGUGUUCCAGCAUGAUUUGGAAGUAAAUGGAGGGAAGGGCCUUAUUGUCGAUCCAAGGACAAAAUAUGUCUAUCAACGACCAUAG